UUUUUUAUUCUAUUCGCGCUCUGCAAAGAAAGAGCGUCUGCAUCUUUCACUCACUUUCUUCCAGAAUCGAGAUUCUUCCAUGGCCAGCCUAGGACUUCGUCCUCCUCAAUUCUCCGAGGAUGUUGCUUGGCUUCCAUAUUGGCUUCAGAAUCUUAGAGCUGAUGGCUCCAACGAGUUUCUAGAGGAUUCUCAGAGUCCUAACAACCAAGAAGUGAAGGGUCCAAAACCUUCUCCAGAAAAUCGUAGUGAUGGAAAAUGUAUUAAUGCACUACCUAAGGAUGAUUGUGGAUACAGAAGUUGCCAUUUACUUUUAUCUGCAGAAGAUAGUUCAAAUAUUAGUUCAGCUCCUCCUGAACAUGUGUUUCACUUUAGUCUGCGCCUUUCUUCAGAUGCUGAGUUUUUCCCAACCCAGGAUUUGAAUGAAUUUCAUGACGCAGUUUCACCACAGAAAAUCUGUUCGUUGCAACCUGUUCAAACAUCCAUUGAUUUUGGACAGAACAUGCGUUCUGUUACAGAGCAUCUUGCCUAUGAACAGAAUUUGUUGCCUGCUUCCGUCCCUGAGACUGUGAAAAGGGAUGAUAUGUCGAAAUCCCCGACUGAUACAAAUGAUGUUAUCAGACAACACAAGGUAAAAUCCAACAUUAAAUGCUUCACAAGUGACUCUAUCAGUGAUGCAGUUGAACUUUCAGUUGCAGCAUCUGAGGUUCUUGCCAUACACGAUCUAGUAAAGAUGGAGUCAGUUUCAGAAUUGAUGCAUACAGAAAAUGUACUUGAAGUUGCACUUCGUAUGAAGCAGGCACGGCUCGAGGGGUGGGACAAUGGCUUCCAAUCUUCUAGUGAGGACUCCGACUGCAGUGAUUCUCUUUCUGAUUUGAAUGAUUUUGUUAUGGAAGAAGCCUAUGAAGAUAUAGGCUUGCUUUCUAGUGUUUCUGUUGAGGAGCAUCUUUGCAGUUCAAUUAGAUCUCAAUCAAAUGCUGUCCCCCUUGCUGAAAAUUAUAGCAGAUGCAAUGCGAAACAUAGUGAGAAAGAGCUUACUUCUCAUGUAGCCAAUGUCGAUAUGGAGAUGGAGAGGCACCAAAAAACUGACUCACCUCUUGAUUCUUUAUGUUGUGAAAGGGAGAUGCAUUCUGAUGGUCCCGGUUUGGGUUCAACUACUCUCAAACAAGUUGAAAACGGUCUUCCUACAUCUCAGCGUUCUGCGGAGAAUAAUUCCAAUGCUUUAGCCCUAAACCAGACCAUUGUUUCGGCUAUGGUUGAUUUAACUCCAUCUAUGCCAGAAAAUGACGUUGUCUCCUUAGCUGUUGAAACCUCUGGAAAUUUCAAAAAUGAGAACUUGGCAACCUAUUUAGCUCCAGAGAGAUUUAGAAGCCGAUGGUUAGGGGGUUGGACAAAUAAGGAGUCAGAACCAUCUUCGUUGAAUAAUGCUGACCGGAUUCCAGAGUUCCACAUUAGAGAGACAAGCUUUCUCUCAGAAUCUGUAGAUAUUUUUCCAGAUGCAAGUUCUUGCGUUCAGAAACAUGAUCCCAAGUGUGCAAAUGGUUCUCAGCUAAGCAUGCAUUCUGACGAGGGCAUAUUGCAUUCUCAAAAUGUGAUCAGAUGUUCAAAUCUAUCAUUGAUUGAUCCUCUUUGUUCGGUUGUUCCGUGUAGCAUCUCUGCAGAACAUGCCAUAUCCAGUAUUGACAAGGACAAAGAACAUAAUACUGAAAAUUUUGUCACAUCCAUCUCUGAAUUUGUGGUGGACACCUUUCAAAGGAUAUCAAAUAAGAAUGCUACAUUGGAUUGUAGAGAUGAGAAAAUGACUCCUUCCCUUGGUUUGAAAGAUAUUCCAAUCACUGAGACAGAGGUGGUUAAACAAAUGCCUAAGAAAUUGACCUGUGUUGAGCAUAUUGAUCGAAAACAGUUAAACCCUCUUAUGGAUUGUAGUGUGAUUCAACCCAACCAAGCUUUCCCCCUGAACUGUAAUUUGACUCCUCUUCCCACUAACUAUAGUAUGAGUGCCGCUGCUGCUGUUUCUCUCGGCACAAGGAAAUCUGAGAGUCUCUCUGCAUCCAAGAGUGAAGAUGGAAAUGAAAAUGAAGAAAAUCAUGGAUAUUUUGUUGAUAACAAGGCUAGUGAUGGGUUAACGAUAAAAACAUCAGAUGCAAAUGGCAUUUUAGAUGAACAAACACAAGAUAGUAGGUCACCUCAUAUUUUAAAUAAUAGGACACGCCGCCGUUUGCAGGCACCGAAGACUGUUCUAAAUGAUGUGAGAACAGACCUUCAGAGUGAACGGAACAACAACUACAACGAGUUACAAGUUGUGUGCAAUAAAUACGAUGGUCAAAAUGUUGGAGAUAGAAAGAAAGUCCGUUUCUCAGAAAAGGUUGAGGAGCUUGAUCAGAAAAGGAAGUUGUCCAAGUCGGAACCUUCAUACAAAAGAGGUUCAUCAGUUAGAGUAAAGAGGAAACGAGUUUCGAAGUCAUCGACUGCUUCUGAGCUUCUUGUGAAACAUCCUCUAACAAAUUACUGCAGAACGGUUGCCAAUGAGUUUAUAUUCCAAGGUACACAAUUCUUACUCACUGGGUUGUCUAGACAAAAAGAAAGGGACAUAGAAGCACUCAUAUGGAAUUCCGGUGGGGUGGUGCUUUCGGAUAUUCCAUCUCCUCCAAAUUCAAGGGGCAAGAGAAGCUUGACCUUAUCUUCCUUGCAGCUUCCUGUUAUUCUAUGUAUGAGAAAGAUGCAAACCACCAAAUUCUUGUACGGUUGUGCUGUUGGUGCCUCAAUACUGAAAGUUGAUUGGCUAACUGAUUGUCUUAAAUCCAGAUCUAUUUUACAACCUGAAAAAUACAUUAUUCUUCCAAACCCAAGUGAUAUGAGGCAGACCAAAACUGGGACAGCAAUCCAUUACAGAGACCGAAAGCAUAUUUUUGAAAGAAUAGGAAUUAUGCUUCAUGGGAAGCAUAGUUUUUGCAACAAAUUGGCAAGUGUCAUCAAGCAUGGAGGUGGACAAGUGUUUAAAACUCUUCAACAGUUAGUGCGGAGCAUUGAUGAAAAGAGGACUUUGGUGGCAGCUAUUGUAGCUGAAGAUAAAACUACGAUAUCACGUCAUCUGAAGCACUGUGCCUUAGAAGGGGGUAUUCCUAUUAUGCCUUAUAGUUGGAUUGUGAAAAGUUUACAUUCAGGAAAGCUACUUCCUUUCACAGAGAAAAACAAUGCAUUUCCAUUGUCAUUUGAUAGAGUUUCCAAUCCUUUCAAUGAGUGAAGAAAUAUGACACAUGCUUCUCUGGCAGCUGUUUUUAAUACUUAGUGGCCCAAAUUAUAUAGUAUAUACUCUUUUUUGCUUGAUAAUAAUUGUCCACUUCAACAAAUUUUUUAAAAUAAUUUAUUAUGUCCAUAUAAUGGCACAAACUCCUCAUGUCAUGUAUACUUUUUUUUAUU